AUGGUUCAUGGGAAUAAAUUAAAUUUCUUAUGGACUUUAGGUUUCUAUUUGAUAGCCAGUCGGUCGUCUCCCAUCCUGCCUUCUAUCGAAGACAAGAGUUUCAUAGAGGACUGUGUCGAAGCUCACAAUGAAAUGCGUCGCACAGUCCAGCCCCCCGCGGCCAACAUGAAAUACAUGACAUGGGAUGAAGGUUUAGCGAAGACAGCAAAAUCAUGGGCAAACCAGUGCAAAUUCGAACACAACAACUGUACAGUAAAUAAUUGUCAUCCAACUUUUCCAUAUGUGGGAGAAAAUAUUUGGUUAGGUGGAUUAAACAAAUUUAAACCAGCAAAAGCUAUUCGUUUUUGGUAUAAUGAAAGAGCAUUUUAUACUUAUGCCAGUCAACUUUGUACCAAAGUUUGUGGCCAUUAUACACAGGUAGUUUGGGCUGAUUCACACAAAGUUGGUUGUGCAAUGACAAUUUGUCCUAACCUUGGAUAUAGUGACUCACUAAUUUUCGUAUGUAACUAUGGACCUGCAGGAAAUUAUAUAGGAAAACAACCUUACACUAAAGGAGCAUCCUGCUCUACCUGUGGAAAAGAAGACACUUGUGAAAACAGCCUAUGCAAAUAUCCAAAUUGGCAUCCAAAGGGACAAGCACCACAGUUGGCAGCAUGUAAUCUUUUGUGCCUACUCUGUGUUCUUCUGAGAAUGUGUUAA